CUUGCCAGUCACAGGGCUUCAGUAACCGAGAGCAGGGCAGUCUCAGUACAUGUGUACAUGUCUUUUUAUAUCUUAGAAACGUUUCCUGCUGGUUAUGUUAUCUUACUUGUUGCUGGUCUGCUAAAUGCUGAUAAAGAAGGUAAAAACUGAACUAGACCGGGCCAUCCUUAUUGCUAAGCUCUGAUAAAUUAAUUUCACUUGUCUUGCAUAUUAUGAAGCAUUAUGUAUGACCAAUUAAUACUUGUCUUUACUUUUUUUUUUAUUUGUUAGAAAUGUGCAAGUGCUAAAAGUGUGGAGAAGGUUUUAAAAGUGGACCAUUAUCUACUACGCUUCUUCAGUGAAUCUAAAAGCCCAUAUUCAGAUAUGGAAAAACGCCUCUCUAAGGUCUCCAGCACCUUCAAAAUCAACACUGACUGUGAAGAGUUGGUGGUGACGAGGGACCCGGCUGCCGCAGAUGUUUUUUCCCUGAAGAAAUGGGAAUUUGCAGUGGAUGAAGUGUUUGAGACUCUAAAGUCACGCUAUAUCAUCCACUUUGAGGUUGAAAGCGACAAAUCUGCAAUUCUGGAAGAAAAUUCUUUCCUCCAAAGUGAUAACUUAAAAAUCUAUUUUGAAGAACUUACAUGUUUAGCUGUGGUGGUCGGAGAACGAACAGAAGUGGAGAAGAUUUUAAAAUUUCUAAGCGGCUUGCAGGACAAACAGCAGGUUCAACAAGAGUGUUGCGUGUCUGAGAAACAAUAUGACCUCAUCAAAGAGCGAUUUGAGCCAUACAAAAAAACUAAAUUACCUGCCCUUAAGAUCGCACAGGAACGAGCAGGUGUUCUCCUUCUGAAGGGUCCUGAGAAAGAGGUCCAUGCAGGUGAAGAAGAGCUUUUAAAAUUAGCGCUAGGAAUCAAAAAGAAGAGGAUCCCAUCACAUCGUGCUAUUAUGACCUUCUUGGAAUCAAGUGGCAGUAUACAGCACUUCCAAAACCGAUUCCAGCAGAGCCUCCACAGCCCGGUUAUGCUGGAGACUUCAGGUUCAGAUCUUCUUCUGUUGAGUCUGUCUGACGGACCGCUAGAGGAGACGGCCGCUGCUAUGCAGAGAGAUGUGUGUUUGGAGACUGUGCAUCUGGAAAAUAUUCAGAAAUCAUCUGCGUUUACUAAACUGAAGGAGGAUUUGAAUGAAACCAUCAAUCAAGCCAAUCGUGGAAGUGUUAAAGUGGAGCUUAAAUACCAGGAUGAAUCAACUACUGUCCUCAAAGUGCAACUUGUGGGCUACACUACUGAAGUUAAUAAGCUGAAGAACAUUGUGCUGGAAUACAAAAGAAACCAUCAGAACCAUCACGCCUCCCUGCCUCUUCCCAGGCCAGAAAUGGCAGAGCACUUCACUGAGAUCUUGGCGAUGGCCGGUGUGAAGAAAAGCAGUGUGGAAAUAAAGCCAACAUGUUCGCCUUUCCCAUGUGUCCACCUCACAGGACCUCGCUGUGAAGUUGAUAGUUUGAAGGACAGCCUUAUAUCAUUUCUUCAGAGUCUUGCCACUAAACGUUGUGAGGUGAAAGGGCCUGGAGUUCAACAAUUUUUUCAAGGUGAAGGUACAAGGACCUUCCAAUUAGUGAAGAAUUCUUAUAUGGUUGUGAUACUGCCUAUUAAUAAUGUGCCUAAAUACACAAGCAGUAUCAGUCUCCAGCCAUUUGCAUCUGCAUCUCCCCAAGACUCUAUGGACUCUGACAAAGACAUAAACAUUAAAGUUGUGAUUGGUAGUCUUGAGCAACAACAGGCAGAUGUGUUUGUUGCUCCGAUGAUCCAAACAAACAUGACCUCAACCUUGAUUGGAUCAUCCCUGUUGAAUAAAGCAGGACAGCAACUUCAAAAUAACUUCAACAGUGCCAAGAGAAAUCACACUCUUAAGCCUGGAGAAGUGCUGGAGGUGGACGGGACACAAGCGCUGGGAUGCUCCAAGGUUCUUUUUAUAGAAUGUGCGCCAAAAGGAAAUAAGCACAAAAGCGAAAAGGCGCUUUGCUCUGGACUUGGCCGAGUUUUUGAGUUGUGUGAGCAGAACUCUUGGGGUUCGGUUGCAUUGCCAGUAAUUGGACCCGGCAAAGUGCUGUCAAUACCAGUCAAAGAUGCUGUUAAUAUUCUUACUCAGGAGAUCUGUGAAUUUUUAUCUGGACACAGUGGUCUUCUGCACACCAUUUGUAUCACAAUAAUGGCUAGUGCGGCUCAUUCUGAAGAGUCUCUGUGGGAAUCUAGUGCAAAAAUGGUGGGCAACACAGGGGAAGGCAAAGAGAUUUAA